UAGCGGCUUUGUCUUCUUCCUCCUCCUCUAAUCACACCGUCUCCUUGCACUUCCAAAAAUCUCUCAUACUGUUGCAUUGAUUCUUCUUCCAUAGGUGUUUUGUUCUUUUGAUUUUUUUUUUGUAAGAAUGGUUGCAAUACCCAAGCUUAGGAUAAAGUUUGGUUCUGGAGGUUCUGUCAGAACUUGUCAAACGUUUCCGGAUAGUGAGAAGAAAAUUGAGCAUUCGUUAUGUGAAGACUUAUCUCGUUCCGCCGAGCAAUCGAGGAAGCGUGGACCUAACGAGAUUGAUGAUGUACAACCUAAAAAGAAGCAGAAGCUAGACCGUGAUUUGUCUAGUCAGUGUUUAGCAUUGUUGAGAUCUUUGAUGGAGCACCCUGUUGGAUGGGUUUUUAACAAGCCUGUUGAUCCUGUUGAACUGAUGAUUCCUGAUUACUUCAAUGUCAUAUCGAACCCUAUGGAUUUUGGCACAAUCAAAUCGAAGCUUUUGAAGAAUGAGUACUGUAACGCUGAUGAGUUUGCGGCGGAUGUGCGGUUAACUUUUGACAAUGCGUUAAAGUAUAAUCCUUCGGAUAAUUGGGUUUACAAGGUUGCAAAGGAGAUGAAGGAGGUAUUUGUUGUCAGAUGGGAAGUACUCAAGAAGAAGAAGGUUUCUAAAUUAUCCAGGAUUGGAGUUACAGAAGGUUGUAAGAGACAGCCAGUCGAAGUCGAUUGUUCAAGACUGAGCAAUGAAAAUUCCGAAAAGGGUUCUCUUUCGUCAAAACCAGCGAAAGUGCAGAGCAAAAAGGAUACUCCUGCUGUGACGCCGAAAGCUUUAGCAACAAAGGGGACUAAGAGACUCGAUCAGGGCCUUGGAGUCAGUUCGGCUGUGAAAAUCCCAGUGAAAGGCUCAGCUCAAACUGCAGCCAUUAAGUGUGGUUCAUGUGGUAAAACUAUUUGCAUAUGCCUCAAGUCCUGUAGCUCAUCCGGAAGCAAUAAUUCUCCAUUAAUGGAUUGUCAAGUACAAAACACUUCAGGUGCACAGGCGAGUGAGUCAGAGCCUCAAUGCAAUGGGUCUGUGACUUCAAAGAAUGAGAGAAAUGGUAGUGGCAAUUCUCAGCUUGAUAAACCUUCAAACAGUGCUCUGUUGGAAAAUAAUGAAUUGAAAACGGCAUUGCCUUCUCUGCCACCAGUACCUCCUGAGAAGGCUCUUCGUGCUGCAAUACUCAAAGCUCAAUAUGCGGAUACCAUUCUAAAAGCUAAACACAGAAAAGUCCUUGAGCAGAAUAACAAAGCUGAUCUAAUUAGAAUACAGAUAGAAAAGGAACAGAUGGAAAGAGCACAACGUGAAGAGAAAGCUAGAAUUGAAGCCGAGAUGAGAGCUGCUAAGGUUGCCGCACAAAUGAGGGCACAAGCCGAGUUGAAAGAAAAACGUGAUAAACAACGGCUCGAACUAGCAGAGAUGAAAAGAGUCUUUGAUUUUGAACGGAACAACUACUUGAGAUUGGAUAAAGAAUUUAGGAAAGUCUGUGGUUGCUCGAGUCUGACAAGAAUUCGCAUACUGGUUGAAGAGUUGGGUCUGUUUUUAAGAAGUGAUGACUGUCCGGAACUGGAAGAGACCGGGUCAGAAAUUUGUGAUGCGAUGAGAUUGGAAGAUCUUGAGGAAGGAGAGAUCCUGUAGAGUUUUCUCUAAAAGAAACCUCGUGGAUGUAAAUUUUGACCAGAACGCGAAUGCUUUGUUGUGACGUUAACUUUUGUCAUAAUUUAAUGCUCGUGGGCUAUGCAUAAUGUAUAUUUUAGUGAAUUUUGUUCCUAUGUAAAUUACUACACUGCCAUGAACCGUCUGUUUCACAUAUGAUAACUGCUAGUAAAUUAAUUUUA